UGCUGCUAUCGAGGAGACGUACUCCAAAUCAAUGAGCAAACUGGCAAAGAUGGCAAGCAAUGGAAGUCCACAGGGGACUUUUGCUCCCAUGUGGGACGUGUUCCGGGUUUCUUCAGACAAACUGGCCCUCUGUCACCUCGAGCUGAUGAGAAAGAUGAACGAUCUAAUCCGGGACAUCAACAAGUAUGGAGACGAGCAGGUCAAAAUUCAUCGCAAGACAAAGGAGGAGAUGGUGGGGACAGUGGAGGCGGUGCAGGCGGUGCAGGUUCAGAGCGGUCACCUUCAGAAGUCAAAGGAGGGAUACCAUGGCAAGUGUUUGGAGCUGGACCGGCUGAGGAAGGAAGGAGCUCCGCUGAAAGAACUGGAGAAAGCAGAGAUGAAGUCUAAGAAGGCGGCCGAGUCGUUCUCAUUGUGCAUCGAGAAGUACAACCGUGUGGGAGGAGAGUUUGAGCAGAAGAUGAGCGAGUCGGCCCAGAAGUUUCAGGAAAUUGAGGAGGCCCACCUGCGUCAGAUGAAACAGCUGAUCAAAGGUUACUCCCACUCAAUAGAGGACACCCAUGUUCAAGUAGGACAGGUCCACGAGGAGUUCAAGCAGAAUGUGGAAAACAUCGGCAUCGAUAACCUUAUCCAGAAAUUUGCAGAGCAGAAAGGCACGGGCAAGGACAGGCCAGCUCUGGUUGGUUUUGAGGAGUACAUGACAGCUCCUGAAGGUGGGAAGAAGAGUCGCGCAAAAGCCUUCAGGAUCCCCGGGCUCGGCAAGAGGGACAAGGAGCCAGACUCUACAGACUCAGCUGUGACAGAAGCACUUGUAAGUAUGAAAAAAAUUUGACUCCCUAAAUCCCCCCCUGAUUAUCAGUCCUGUCAGACUCCCAAAGAUUCAGUUGUUGCUGC